AUGUUUCUUACAACGAAUACCCUGACCCUGUGCGCUCUUUCCGCCUUCUUCGCCGCACCUACCGUGACCGCCGAUCCAUGGGCCGUGACCGGAUUCCCCGAUAGGGAGGUGCUCGAUGGCAUCCCCAGUAGCGGGUGCGAGGGAACGCCAAACAUGUACAUCCACGGGGAAGGGGACAAGGAUUGCACGUCGCUCCCGGCGUAUACGUCCGAAUUCAGGAGCAUGUUUGUCUCCGAGAUCCUCACCGGCAGUGGUUGCCAGGUCUCGAUGUUCCGCAGCCAUUACGAUUGUAGAUAUGGAAACAACCCCUUUGAGUUCGACGGCAACGACGUGGCAAGAACACAGGGUGAAGAUGGAUGCAUGAUUGGCUGGGACAACAAAUGGACGCACUAUAGGGCUAAUGGUUGCUAG